CCCGCUCUAAUUGGUCAAAUUGCGAGACGACAACUUCCGGUGCGGAUGAGUGGAAAAUUUGAAUUCCCUUCGUCUCCGCCAGGCGUUUUCAAAAUAACCCUCGUCCUCUUAUUUUUUUUCUUCGAAACCAGGGAAGAACAGAAGCUAUGAAUGAUGACAACCGCACGUUAUUUGAUCGAGUUGCUGCGAAAAUGGGCUGGAAAGACCACGGAGGACUGGACCGAGCAGAAAAUAAGCUGAUGAACACAAUUGGUAAAAGUCGUCGGGAUGGAAUUAGUGGACACCGACCCGUGGAUUCAUCAGAGGAUUUGAAGAAACUCCUUUGUCUCUCUGAAAGUGAAGAUGAGGCAGAGAAGGAGAACCUGUGCUCUCAAGGCAGCGGCUACAGAAACAAAGCUUUGACUGAAUCCAGCGAUGAUGACUUUGACCAGUUUCUUGUGGCAAAAGCUACACCGAGAGGGAAACCUGCUGCACAGAAGAGCUGUAGCACUAAAAAGAAGGAAAAUUCACCAGUUGUGGUGAGUUCAGAUGCGGACAGCAGUUUUGAAAAAUUUCUGCAACGUGUGAAAACCCCAAAUGCCAAACCUAAGAAAAUGUCAGAGUGUGGCAGUGAAGACAGCUUAAAACACUUCAUUGUGGAUGACUGCUCUUCAGAUGAUGACUUUGUGGACACAAAAAUAACUGUUAAAGCUCCAAGAAAAGUCACCACUCCAGCUGCUCGACCGCCACAGAGGAAACCACUGUCUCAGUUGGACUGUCCAGUCUUUCUCGGUGACAGUGAUGAUGAUGAUGAUGAUGAUAAUGUUGUGAUCAAGAGCACUUGGAGAAACCGUCACUCCAAGCCUAAAACCUCAGCUAAAAACAGAAGUGGUAAUGCAGUGCAGUCUGAUAAAGAUGAAGACUCGCCAUCGCUGCCCUUUCUUUCUGCCCCGUCGCCAUUUUCUUUCAAAAACCCACCGUCUCCCAAACAGACUUACUCAGCACCUCCUAUACUGGAAAACCUCAGCAGUUCUGAGGACGAAUUCACAUCCUUGCUGGAGAGGUUAAAAAAGAAAAACAAAAUCCCCAGCAACACAUUCUCACCAAAAACUGUCAAAGAGGAAACGCCGCAGCAUGUGAAGACGCCAGUAAAGUCCAACCCACUGAAGCCUACAGUCAGUCAGACAGAGCCCAGACAUGGACCCAGCAGCAGGUUCGUGACGUGUAAAACUCCAGGCUGCUUCUUGGAGUCGCUCUCUCAACCUGGCUCCAGCUACAGCCAAAAAUUUAAGCAGAAUAAGGAAGACCUCACGGCCAAACUCUACCAGCUGUACAACACCACCGUGUUUGACAACAAGCUUCCUUCUGACAUGUCAGUGACCUGGAACAAGAAAAUGCGUAAAACAGCUGGUUACUGCGUCACAGGGCAAGAGCGAGGCGGUGGCAGUCGCUACGCUCGCAUCGAACUGUCAGUGAAAGUCUGCGAUUCUGCAGAUCGUCUCAGGGACACGUUGAUUCACGAGAUGUGUCACGCUGCAACCUGGCUUAUUAAUUCUGUAAGGGACGGACAUGGAAGUUUCUGGAAAUUGUACGCUCGCAAAUCCACAGUGGUGCAUCCAGAGCUGCCCAUGGUCACUCGCUGCCACAGUUACGACAUAAAAUACAAAUUCCAGUAUCAGUGCACUCGCUGCAAGAACACCAUCGGCCGUCAUUCCAAGUCACUGGACACACAGAGGUUCGUCUGUGCCCUCUGCAAAGGCUACUUUGUUUUGAUGACUCCUUCCAAGCCACGUGCUCUCACAGUUUUUGCCAGUUUUGUCAAGGAGAAUUACGGGAAUGUGAAGCAGGAGAUGGCCGGACAGAGCCAUGCGGAGGUGAUGCGUAAACUCAGCGCAGACUUUGCCUCCAAGACUAAACUCAGUCAGAGCUGAGACAGUGUUGGCACAGGGAAUCAGGUCCAUAUUCUGAAGAUACCUCCAUCAACCUGACUGCUGUCAGGUGGCAGCUGUUUGGAUUUGAAUGUGGAAAAUGUGGAAAUUCUGUCUUACUCUAAAUGUUGGAUUGUUAUGUGGCGUUUUGUGAACUUGUUGUUUUGUCAUGUUCGUGUUUUUUUUAAAUAUUUGACCUUUUGAUAUAAAAUAAAAAUAAUAAAUGCAAACUGUGACCAUUUUCUGCAUGGACUCAUUAAAGGUAAACCUUAAGGUUGUUUUUCAACAAUUAUCAUAAGGAAAGUAAAAUGUAAAAUACAUUAAAAAAUAAACUAUAAUCAAUAUUUAUAUUGAAGACAUACUUUUGAGCUAAUAUAAAUCUUGACUUGCAAACAGGAUUGUUUUAAAAAAAAUGUUUUGAAAUGGUGAUUAAGCAAACAAUGAUAACAAUGCUUAAACGGAUUACACUUCCAAAAGAAGUAAAUGCUUCAAUAUAUUUAAUUUGUCUCUCAGAUGUAAAUAUGUUGUAAAUCCUAAUUCACAAUACAAAAUGAUCAAGAAUACAUCAGAGGGGUGCACAACUAAAGGCUAAACGUUAGAAGCAACAGGCACAAAACAACAGGCAGCACUGAGAUGUCGAUCAAUAAGAAAAAAAA